GCCCUGACAGUUGCUUAAUCAGCAUAUUGCAGCAGGUUAAAGAUGCAGGUGUGGACUGUGACUUUGGUCUCCACGUAAAUAGUCAGGUAGAUUACAGUCAGUCACUGUGCAGCUCCAGUCCCCUGUAGUCAGCAUGGCUUCCCAGAACUCAGUCGCAGGCAUGUCUCCAAAGAUCACAGGAGAGCUGCUCAGGCAGCUUCGGCAGGCAAUGAGAAAUUGUAAAUACUUCUCUGAGCCUAUACAAGCCUACAUUGUCCCAUCUGGAGAUGCACACCAGAGUGAAUACAUUGCACCCUGUGACUGCAGACGUGAAUUUAUCUGUGGAUUUAAUGGCUCUGCAGGUACAGCCAUCGUCACAGAGCAGCAUGCUGCCAUGUGGACUGAUGGCCGAUAUUUCCUGCAGGCCAGCCAGCAGAUGGACAACAACUGGACCCUUAUGAAGAUGGGGUUGAAGGAGACUCCUUCUCAGGAGGACUGGCUGAUCAGCAUCCUGCCAGAGAACUCCAGAGUGGGAGUGGAUCCUUGGAUCAUUGCUGCUGACCAGUGGAAGAACAUGUCCAGGGCUCUGACCAGUGCUGGCCACUCACUGGUGGCUGUGCAGGAUAACUUGAUCGAUGCCGUCUGGACCGAUCGCCCAGAAAGACCCAGCACACAACUCCGUACCUUGGGAUUAGAAUACACUGGUAUUUCCUGGCAAGAUAAGAUCACCGCGCUGCGAACCAAGAUGACAGAGAGGAAACUCACUUGGUUUGUUGCAACAGCAUUGGAUGAGAUUGCAUGGCUUUUUAAUCUCCGUGGUGCAGACAUUGAGUACAACCCAGUUUUCUUUGCAUAUACCAUCGUAGGGAUGAACACAAUAAGGCUUUUUGUGGACUUAAAGCGUCUCUCUGACCCUGCAUUAAGAGACCAUCUGCAGUUGGACUCUCCCAGCAAGCCGGAGCUGAGCAUUCAAACGUUCCCGUACGAGUCCGUCUACACUGAGCUGCAAGCCAUCUGUGCUGCCCUCGGCCCCAAAGACAAAGUGUGGAUCUGUGACAAGGCCAGUUGUGCUCUCACACAGGUCAUCCCAAAGACUCACAGGUCUCCAAUUCCCUACACUCCACUCUGCCUUGCCAAGGCUGUGAAGAAUGCCACUGAGAUUCAAGGCAUGAAAAUGGCCCAUAUCAAGGAUGCAGUUGCUCUUUGUGAACUCUUCGCUUGGUUGGAGAAGGAGAUACCAAACGGAACCGUGACUGAGAUCUCUGCUGCUGAUAAGGCUGAAGAAUUGCGGAGUCAACAGAAAGAGUUUGUUGGCCUUAGUUUCCCCACAAUCUCCAGUGUUGGUCCCAAUGGAGCAAUCAUACAUUACAGACCACUGCCUGAAACCAACAGAACCCUCACCAUGAAUGAAGUUUACCUGAUUGACUCUGGAGCCCAAUACGUGGAUGGAACCACAGACGUCACACGCACCAUGCACUUUGGGACACCAUCUGCUUUUGAAAAGGAAUGCUUUACAUAUGUGUUGAAAGGACACAUAGCUGUCAGUGCUGCCAUUUUCCCCAAUGGAACAAAAGGCCACCUCCUGGAUUCGUUUGCUCGUGCAGCCCUGUGGGAGUCAGGGCUGGACUACCUUCACGGUACAGGUCAUGGUGUGGGCUGCUUCCUCAAUGUCCAUGAGGGUCCCUGCGGCAUCAGCUACAAAACCUUCGCUGAUGAACCUCUGGAGGCCGGCAUGAUCGUCAGUGAUGAACCUGGGUACUACGAGGACGGAUCUUUCGGCAUUCGCAUUGAAAAUGUGGUCCUUGUUGUGCCAGCUAAGCCCAAAUACAACUACAGAAACAGGGGUAGUCUGACAUUUGAGCCUCUCACUCUGGUUCCUAUCCAAGUCAGAAUGAUGAACACAGAGCUGCUCACUCAGAAGGAGCUCGACUGGGUGAAUGAGUACCACAGGAAGUGUCGGGAGGUGGUGGGAGCAGAGCUGGAGCGGCAGGGCAGGAAGGAGGCUUUGGAGUGGCUGAUCAGAGAGACCCAGCCGAUCAUCUGAGGACUGACUCUUGUACAAGCCAAUCGUUCUGACCAGGAGGGCUUUUUGAUUGCUCUGCAGUGAUAAUCGUUUGUAUUUUUCUCAUCUCUCUCUGUGUCUCACACUCAGCUUCUUUUGUAAAGCACCAUCAGCAGUUUUAUGAAUGAUCAUUAAAAAUCAAGAAACACUUUCAAA